AUGCCAGUCCACAUUCGGUUCAGUCUCACGAUGCGAAUUUCGAAUCCGGCGCCGUUCCUACAUUGCAAAGACUUUCUAGAGAAAGUGCCCAUGACCAUCCCGAGCCUCUGCAAAAAUUUGCAGACACCCUCCAAACGAAAGAGGCCGCCAGCGAUCCUGUCGACUUCAACGUCACUCUCAACCGACCCCGUCUUCCGACCGCAAUCGCAGCUUGAAAGCUUCACAUUCCUGCCUCGAGAGCGUGGAAGAGUGGUUUUAAAGCAUACAACAUCUUUGACUCUCAUUAUCCUUGGAUGCGAGACGCACGACGAUAGCCAGUCACUAUUGUGCAAUGGCCAAGCAAGACGCCAGUGA